AUGAAGUACGUGGUGGUGACAGGAGGUGUGAUAUCCGGAGUCGGCAAGGGCAUCAUCGCCUCCAGUGCCGGUCUCCUGCUACAGAGCAUCGGGCUCGUGGUCACAUGUAUCAAAAUCGACCCCUAUAUCAACGUCGAUGCAAGUCAAAUGAGUCCCCUUCAACACGGAGAAGUCUAUGUGACAGAUGAUGGAGGCCAGGUCGACCUCGACAUUGGUAAUUAUGAGCGAUAUCUUUCGAUCUCUCUCCAUAAAGAGAAUCACAUCACAACAGGAAAGAUCUAUGAGAAUGUCAUCAACGCCGAACGCAGAGGUGAUUAUUUAGGAAAAACCGUCCAAGUGGUGCCUCAUGUCACCGAUGCUAUUCAAGAUCAGAUUCAGCGCGCGGCGAAGGUCAGCGUUGAUGAAUCGCAGUCCGAGCCCGAUGUCUGCAUCAUCGAGCUUGGCGGUACAGUCGGUGAUAUUGAAAGCUCGCCUUUCAUCCAUGCCCUGGCUCAGCUUCGUAAGAAAGUUGGCAAGGAGAAUUUUGUUCAGAUUCAUGUCUCUUAUAUUCCUAUCGUGCCACCAGGGCCCUCCGGUGAGCAGAAGACGAAGCCAACUCAGAAAUCGAUAAGCGAUGUUCGAGGUGCUGGUCUGACUCCUGAUUUGAUUGCUUGCCGCUGCGAAACACCGCUGCACCCAUCCACCACACAGAAGAUCGCCACCAUGUGCUCAGUGGAACCGGAGCAGGUUUUCAGUGUCCAUGAUGAAUCAACGACGUAUCAUCUACCGAUUCUCCUUAAACGCCAAAACUUGCUUGACGCUAUUAGCAAGCAUCUGGACAUUCUGUCAUCAGUCCGAAUACCGCCUGAGCGCCUUUCACACAGCACUGAGAUGUGGAAAACCUGGGUCGAUUUGGCUCACAGCCAAGAGGUCGUUCAUGAAACGGUCUCGAUCGCACUAGUCGGCCAAUAUGCCGCUAAUCGCAAUGCUUAUUUGAGCAUCUCCAAAGCCCUAGAGCAUGCUUCCAUGUACUGCCACAAGAAAGUUCAGAUACUGUGGAUCAACGCUGCCGAUCUCGCUGACGAAUCUCUCGAGGAUUCACCUGUCAAAUACCAUAAAGCCUGGCAUGAUCUUUGUUCCGCGCAGGGUGUCCUCGUGCCUGGCGAGCCUGAAGUCCCAUACUGGCGCGGAAUGCUCAAGGCGAUCAACUGGGUGAGAGUCAACCACAAGCCCUUUUUGGGAAUAGGUAUGGGUUUUGGAUUGGCAGCCAUCGAAAAUGCUCUCACCCACUACAGUAUAUCACCUGGUAGUGAUGUUCAGUUUCAUGAAAUUUGGAGACGCACGCUCGGUCCUAUAAACUUCAAUGAUGCCAGAGUGGAUGAGAGUAUGCAUUUGGGAAUUUAUCUUUGCAAAUCCCAAUCUGGAUUCGACGAGUCUAAAGUGGGAACUCUCUAUGAAAAUAUUCAGCCACACGCUCGGGAUCACCAUCUCUCUGAACGAUAUGAGAAACAAAUUCGCGCACGUUAUCGGCACCAGCAGGUUGGGUCUCCCGAUUUGGCUCGAUAUCUCAAACUAAUUGGCUUUGUCAUCACCGCAAAUGACAAGUCCAAUAACCGCCCAGCAAUCAUAGAGAUGUACGACCUCCCCUGGUUUGUUUGCGUGCGAUUUGAGCCGCAGUUUACAAGUCGUGUAUUACAGCCAGACAAGAUCAUUCUUGGCUUCUUUGCUGCUUCUGCUGGAUGCUUGGAUGAAGUCACUGAGGCGGUUCAACAGGGUCGACGAAGCUUUGGAGGUACCUGA